AUGCCAGUCGGCGGCACUUACCAUUUUUCCAAAACCCUCGACCGCUUCCAUUUGGUCAAGGAAGAAAGCCGGAGCGAAGAAAACUUCAUAUUCGAAUUUUUAGGAUCAAAUUGGUACCAUCAAAAUGCCACUGCCCGAAAAGGAAUGCGCAUUGCCAUCGAGGAAUUUAAUAACAUCAUGGCGCCCGUAUACUUCCGGAACGAAGAGUUGGGAUCUGACGAUUUUGAGCUACUUGGCACUAGUGAUAAGGAGCUGGAAUAUGUCGUUCCGAGAGACCGCGUUUUUAUGGAGUAUACAAAAACUACUGGUGACUUUAAGGGACUCAUCACAGAGGUGAAUAUACCAACAGAGAGCAUAGAGAAUUGC